CAAAUCACUCUCCUCAACCACUGAUUUCAGUCCCCUGCAAACCAAUGGAAGAGAUUGACAUUGGUUUUUAGCAAAGCUUUGUCAAUCCCUCAUCAAAUUUGAUUCAUUUAACAUAUUUCUAUUAGAUUUAGAAUUUUAACAUGUCGUUUGCGAAAGCGAAACGUUUUGAACCAGAAAAAGUUUGUGGGCCUCCCCCAACUGCUUAUGAUCCAAAGCAUCCGUUUGGAACAGGCGUAAUAAGUUUUCCAAAAGGAGAUAGAUUUCCCCAGGGUUCAACACCUAACCACCUACAACCACCUCAACAAGAUGGAACUAUGACACGAUCCCAUUCUUCAACAUCUAUUGGCUCAACAGACUCCACUGCUACUACAAAAUCGGUGCAGGGGAAGAAAGAUCAUACCCACUGUAACAAACAAAUAGCAGAGCUUGAAAAAGAGUUAAGGAAUAUAACUAUGGAAAGAAAUCAGCUCUUGAGGAGAAGAAACCAUCCAAUCAAUGCAACACAUCGCAGUGACAAUAAAGAAAACAAUGAACCUUCGCAAGUCAAUGAAGGUGACAAUAUGGCAGAUAUUGAAAUGCUCAACGCAACCAUUCUAGACCUUAGAUCGAAGCUCGAAAGUGUUCAAUCGCUAGAAGAGGAAAAGCAAUCAUUGGAAAACGAACGUGACAAUGCGCUAGCUGACUUGGAGCUGAAAGAAAUUGAGGUUUUACGAAUCACCAACGAAAUUGAGGACUUAAAGCGAGUUUUCGAAAAAGAAGAAAUUUUGCGAUAUGAGUUAGAAGCUGCUUUGAAACAAGCCAACGACGACAAAAAGGAAAUGGAAGCACAAAUCUCUGAAUUGAGUUUGAAGAUUGAAAACUUGGAAAAUGUAAGAGUUGAACUUGUGAAAGAUAUUGAUGUGAUGAAAGAGUCAUUUCAAAGAGAUUUGAAUGCUCAAGAAAUUCAACAUAAAACUGAGGUAGAGGCGAUUCAAGCAGCCAACAAAGAACAGGUCCAACAGCUUGAAAACAACUUGCAGCAGCUCGUCGCUGAACAUGACGCAGAAAGCGAGCAGAUAAAAUUUGAAUUCGGCAAACAGAUAGACGAGCUGCAUCAGAACCAUGCAGCUGCUUUAGCCCAGCUUGUGAAUGACCAUGCCGCUCUAAUCAGUGAGCUCCAAACAAAUCAUCAGGAGCAAAUUUCUCGGCUUGAAGACGCACGGGGUGAAAUAGAAGCAGACAGGUUGCAUCUUCAUCAAAAAUGUGAGCAAAUUGGUGUCACCUUGGAAACUAAAAUGGAUGAAAUUGAAACCCUCAAGAUCCAACUGGACGUUGCAGAGGAGAAACUCGAGACUUGUCGAGUUCAAGCAGAAGAAAAGUAUUCAUCAAUGAAGCGCUCACUUGAACUAGACAUCGCUGAGUGUCAAACACGAUCCGAGGAACAACGUCGGAGCGAGCUGGAAAAAAUGCGUUCUGAUUACGAAUCAAAAUUAACAGUUCUAGAACAAAACCACCUUCAACUUACAGAACAGCUAUGUGCUCAACAGGAACAUUUGGAGGAAGCUGAAAAGGCUCAUACAAUUUCUUGCAGUCAGUACGAAGAACAGCUGAAGAGGUUAAAUGAUAAUAAUCAGACCGAGAAAGAAAUUCUGAUGUGGCAGAUGAGUCAACAAAGAGAAAAUCUUGAACUUGAGUUAAAGACGGAAUUCGAGAAUCGCCUCUGCGAUAAGGAAGUUGAUUUCGAACGACGGCGUGCGAACUGGGAGACGCAGAUGAAUGAAGCCAACGAAGAUCAUGCAAACCAGCUGGCUACUCUUCAAUCGAAACACAGCAUCCAGCUUAAUAAUUAUCGUGAGUUACACGAAGCUGCGCUUGAGAACUUGGAGCGUGAGAAAAAGGACAUAUUAGAAGUUCGGGCGUUAGUUGAGAAGAAUUUGCAGGAAAAAGAAGCGGAGAUCGAGAAGGUAACAAACGAAAUGAAGGAAGCUGUCAAUAAGCUUCAACUGGAUCUUGAAAUGCUUCGUGAGAGUAAUAGUCAGCUGGUCGCUGAUGUACUCCGUGUCGAACAAGAGCGCUUAAUGACAGAAGAAAAGAGGGAAGUCGAAAAGGUUCAGAUGAAAGCUCAAGCCGAACAGGAGAAAGAAUUGUUGGUUAAAUCCUACGAAGAUGUAAUUGAUUCGGUUCGAUUGGAUGUAACGAAAAAGGAAGAGCAAAUAUCGGAGUUAGUCAACAGACUUUCCGUGACCGAAGGAACUUUGCAGAAAGAACUAGCGAAAAAGGAGAAAGAAAUAGAAGACGUUAGAAUUACUCACGAAGAUGUCCUAUCACAGAUGUCCACGCAACAUCUUGACGAAAUCAAAACUCUCCACAAAGAUUACGAAAAGGUUCUCGCUGCUAAAGAAGAAAAAUUCAUCGCUGAACGUGAGCAGCUGUCCGUGAUGCACCAUGAAACCGUUGAAGCUCUGAAAGAUCAAAAUAUGGUAGAGUUGCAGAAAUUACAAGAGGAGUUCCGCAUGACCUUUACAGCAUUAGAGCGAAAACUUGAGAUGGAAAAGGAGGACCUUGUUCGUGCUCAUGCCAAAGAAUUGGCCGAAUUGAAUAGCAAUUACGAGAGUAAAAUGGAAGUUGUUAAGAAGCACCAUGAGGCUGUUGUUGAGGAACUAAACAAAAACUACGAAGAAGCUUUGGACAAUAGUCAUGAGCUUCAGCAAAGUUUGGAUUAUCUUCGUUUGGAAUUUCAAGCUGUACUCGCUGCGGCGGAAACUAAAGAAGCACAACACAAAGCCGAAGUUGAGAAAAUGACACACGCGAUUCAAUUUAAAGAAAAUGAGAUUACACAUCUGGGUGAAACGCUACGACGUCGUGAGAAGGAGACGGCCGAUGAGUGGAUUCAACGGGAAACGAGUAUCAUGGCCCAAUUAACCGAACAAAAUCAAAAGUCAGUUCAGGAGUUUGAGAGUCGUUUACAAGAGAUUCGUGCACAACUUGAGCAAUCAAAAGAGGAGGCGAUGCGGAUUAAGGAUGAACGCGAUGCUGCCCGUGACGAUGUCGCCGUGUUUCAGGUUCAAACUGAAGCGCAGCUCGCUGCCCUCAGCGAACAAUACGACCAGGAGCGAGCCAUGCUAAUUGAAAAGCUCUCAGUGCAAACCCGAGAAAUUGAAGAAAUCAAUAGUGCCAAAAUACAGGAACUUCAAACUCAAUUGGCGGAAUCCCAGCGUGCGUUGGAAGAAAUUCGCCGGGCUAGUUUGCGUCAAAUCGAGCAAAUGGAGCACGAUCAUGAAGAAGCUAUCUUAACGGCCGUUCGCGAGGCAUUAGAACCUGUGGACAAUGAACUUGAAUCCCUUCGAAAAGAUCGCGAAGCCUACCUACUUCUGAAAAAGGAAUACCAGGAACUUCAAGCUCGUAUUGAGCCAUUCAGGGAUCAAUUGGAAAUGUACGAAGCAGAGAAAAAAGCCUUGCUGAGCCAAGCCUUAUUUGCUGAAAGCUCUAUGGCGUCUCUCGCAGCAAAGUACACGCAGCUCCUUGGUCACCAAAACAGUAGACAGAAGAUUCAUCAUUUGGAGAAACUGAAACAAGAUAUUUUCAAUUUGCGGAAGGAAUUGGCGGAAAAGAAUUUAGCACUAGAGAAAGAGAAAAAGGCGCGACAAAAAGCAGAUGCUCGUGUCAAAGAGUUGUCUGGUCAGAAAAAAUAUGAUCCUGCAGAAGCAUUCAAAGUCCCUGAAAACCCUGUGACAGCUCCAGUUGUUAACAAAGCUCCUCCUAAACUUAAUGUUGCCAAACCUUCUGCCACUCCGUCUCCGGCAGCCGAACCUAAAGAAGCUGUACGUCAACAACGCAAGCCGUUACGUCCUCAGGGCCAGGCAACAGGAUUCUUCUUGUCAAUGGAUGACAUCGAGAAAGAGCGUGCUGAAAUGGAACGAGAGAAACAGUUACAAAUAGAUUCACGACGUAAGGCUUCCGCCAAUUUCGAGGCGUUUGAAGUGGACUUUAGCACCAGUUCCAGUCGCCGGGAAACCUUUGACAUCCCAUCGGCAUCAGCUAAGCAGUUGAACGUGACAAGAAAUAUGUCUAAUGCCAAACAAAACAACAAGGAGAAUGUCAAUGGAGGACUGUUUCCAAACGACCUUUCGGACAUUUCCGUCUCAGAUGAAGUGGUGCUAAAGAACAAGUUAAAGUCCCGCGUUGAAAACCUUACCUCGACCCCCGUGCAGAGACAUACCUAAACAUCCUUUAAAAUUGAUUUUCAUUCCCCAUCCGCAUUUUAAAACCUUUCAUUUGUUUUCUUCUAUGUCUGUCACUUAGCCACGUACUUCAAAACGUCUAUUUCAAUUAACAAGUAAUCACCCGGGCUUCUAAUUUUAACCAUUUUUCAUGAAAUAAUAAAUAACAAGCCACUGUUAAUCGAAAAGAAAAAAAACAAACAAAUAAUACAAACAUUGCUACGUCUU